UUUCAUAGGAAUGACUCGUUGAGGGCACUUUAAACUCUAAAGUCUCUCAGAAUUUCUACCUGAUUAAUCUCUUCAAAUGAUGGCCAACGACUACUAUUUCUUCUCACGAAAAUUCCUGUUCCGUCUAGCUACAGUGGGGUCAGCUACUAUCACUGUCAUAAUUUACCAUUGUAUAACCGUUUGUUUUUGUAACCGGCACCUGGCGGCUGCUAACCGAAGCCCUCCACAAAGACUCAGGCGAUCACGUUUUGUGUCUGAGACAAUGGAGACAUCUAUCGGUGGUACCAGCGCUUCUAUGGUCCAACUCAUCCCAGCGCGCAAGUAUCAGAAAGGUGUGGACUCGAUGGGCGAAGAUGGCACUUGUGCCGUGUGCUUGAGCGAAUUUGAAGAUGGUGAAGAAUUACGUACCUUGCCAGGGUGCAUUCACUCGUUUCACGUCCCAUGCAUCGAUAUGUGGCUCUACUCUCACUCAACUUGCCCGAUUUGUCGCUCUGAUACCACUCCUUUGUCAUCAACAUUUCAUCGUGCAACAAGUUCAAGUUCCGACGAGUCCGAGGCACAUUCAGAAACGCUGCAAGAUAUUGUUAUACAUUUUACACGGGCACUAUAUUUGCUCAAGGUUUAGUCCUAGGAAUAUUUACCUUACCUCUGAUGUUUUCAAUACAUUUAUCUUGGCUCGGAUGUUUUUCUUUUUCUCCCGUCUCUAGUAUGAUGGUGAAAGCUUUUGCUGUAGGGAGAGAAAUAUUAAUACAACAGGACACCCGCAUCACAUGUGGGUUUGAUUCCAUUCAAAGUGUGAGCAGGCAAUUAAUUAGCCUUUAACACCAAUAAUAUGGGCCGAUUAAAUUUGACUGUGGGUUUGGAGCAGCCCAGUU